ACGUUGGGCAACUUGGAAAAAAGAUAAAUUCCACUGCGUGUUCAAAAAUGAUUCAAAAUUCAAAAUGCAAAUUGUCUGAUACGUAGCGGUUCUGUAAAAGUUUAUUUGACUCAUCGUGUUGUCGUGUUAUCUCGCCAGUGGCUCGGUGUUGUUGGAUCAAACGAUUUAGAAUAAAAUUUAUUGCAGAUAACGGCGUUACGUGUACUAUUUGCGAACCACCUGCGUUUCAUAAUUAUGCUUUAAUACAAAGUUUAUUCCACCGUUCAGAAAUUUCGCAAUCGAAAUUUUCACCGGUUAUUGAUGUAUGAUUACAGCUCAACUCUAAAAUGUCUAGUUAUGGAUUCAAAAUGAAUAGUAAUCAUUUGCACGAUACUUUUGCGGUAUUAUUUAGCUUUCUCUUUACAAUUACUCACUUGUUCAAUAAUGGUGUUUCUUGUGGAGCGACGCCGCUCAAUCAUGCCAAUAUUGAUAUGACUUUAGCUUCAAAUGAAUUCGUUAUGAUAAAUUUUUACGCCGAUUGGUGUAAAUUUAGUAAUAUGCUGCAACCUAUUUUCGACGAAGCUGCCGAUAAAAUCAAAGAAUCUUUCAGUGAGCCGGGCCGUGUUGUGUUUGGUAAAGUAGACUGUGAUAAAGAAGGUGGUAUUGCCACUCGAUUUCAUAUUUCCAAAUACCCCACGUUGAAAGUUAUCAGAAAUGGUCAACCUGCCAAGAGAGAAUACAGAGGUCAAAGAUCAGUCGAAGCAUUUGUAGAAUUUGUUAAAAAACAAUUAGCCGAUCCUAUCAAAGAAUUCAAUACGUUACAAGAACUUCAUGACAUUGAUAAAAAAGCUCGCGCUGUUAUCGGUUAUUUCCAUUCGAAAGAAGUGAAAGAGUACGAUGUUUUCAGAAGGGUUGCAUCGAAUUUAAAAGAAGAUUGCUUAUUUCACGUCGGUUUCGGCGAAGCUGUUCGAGCGAUGCAUCCUCCCGACCAGCCCCUUAUCGUGUUCAGACCAGACCAUGCGACACCAGAAAUAGAGCACGAAUCGUACAACGGAAGUUUAACAUUGUACGAUGAACUGAAUGCGUGGCUUACCGAUAAAUGUGUUCCUCUAGUUCGCGAAAUAACAUUUGAAAAUGCUGAAGAAUUGACCGAGGAGGGUUUACCAUUUUUGAUUUUGUUCCAUAAACCCGACGAUGUAAAUACUGUAAAACUGUACAAAGAAAUUGUAUUAACGGAAUUGAUCUCAGAGAAACAGAGUAUAAAUUUCUUGACAGCGGACGGAGAACGCUUCGCACAUCCUUUACAUCAUUUAGGGAAAUCACCUGAUGAUUUACCUCUCAUAGCUAUAGAUAGUUUUAGGCAUAUGUAUUUAUUCUCAGAUAUAUCACAAAUGACGGUUCCUGGUAAGUUAAAACAAUUUGUACAUGAUUUAUAUUCGGGUAAAUUACACCGAGAAUUCCACUUCGGACCCGAAAGCGGAUCUCCUAUUGAAAUCGUACAAAUUCAAAUGGGUAAUUUGCAAAUUGGCGGCGAUAGCGGCGGUGACACGAAACAAGUCACUAAACCACCGGAAUCGACGUUUAAGAAAUUAGCACCGUCCAAAAAUCGUUAUACGUUAUUGAGGGACGAGCUGUAAAAAUUAUUCAAUGUGAUAUUGUGCUUAUUUCCCCCACCCCCUUACGCCCACCCCCUUCUCAUGUGCAAUCAUUGCUCGUAUUACGAUCUGGGAUUUUCUGUAGAAAAAGUAACGAUACUUUGAGCAUCCAAAGAAUCAGUGUAGUUUUGUUUUUUCAAAUCUAAAUUCUUAUUUAAAAAAUUAUUCUCUCUUCGUUGAGACUCCAAAAAACACAUCUACUUUAUAUUUUUAAGUAUUAAGUAUUUUCGGUAUGUUUUUUACCGUUUUCUAAAAAAAGCUGGCAUUUAAAGAAUUUAAAUAUUUAAAUGUUUUCACGAGCGCUAAAUCAAUGAAAUAUUGCGCAGUUUGUUAUUUUGUCGAGUAAAAACUCAAUUUUUUCAUUUUGGAAAAAUAACUAUUUAAUUCGAAAUAAUCUUGACUUAAAUUUACGGAAACGUUCAGCUCGUUUAAUUUUUUGCUUAAUGUGAUUCGAUUAUGAUUUAAGAUAUUCUGGAAAAAUUUGACUGUUUUCAUAUUGUUUCGGUUUUAUUGAAAUUUAAAUAUUUUUGUAAUUUUAUGUGAAUUUAUAGCAUUAUUCAGAAUAGUUUUAAAUCUCUAGCUAAAUAAGAAUGUGUUGUUGUUUUUGUUACCUGUUGUUUAAUUUGUAUAUUUCUUUCCGAAACACUAUGCUAAAAUUAUUAAAUUUUUUUCCAACUUUUUAGAUCGAUAUUGUUUUAAUAAUAUCACGAUGAUAGCUCUCAAAUUGGAGUUAUUGAAAUAUACGUGUAUAUAUUUGUG